UGAGGGCGCUCCUGGUGCUGAGGUGCUGUGGUGACGGGAGAGGGGGCGUGGGGACACUGAGCGUGCUUUGCUGUGGCUGUGUGUGUGUGUGUUUCACUGGGAUCAGUGGGCCCUCCGCUUCCGCCGUUUUCUCCCCUCCCAGCCACGUGGCUGUAGCCUACCAAUGGCCCCAGUAGGGAGGUCGGAUACUGUCCCUAGAAUGAAAGUUUCCCCGUGAAAGCCCAGGCCUGGACUUGGAAUAGGAGUUUUAGAGCUGCAAGUGCCUGUCUGCGUCCCGCACGGGGGCAGCUCCAUGUUCAGAACCACCGCAUUUUCAGAGUACUGUCCCCAGGAACCAGCUUCCAUCUCGGGGACCUAUUGCUCCUUUUAUUCCCAUCCUAUUUUGUGCGAAGACCCCGGGAAGGAUGAGAGUAUUAUUAUUGCUGCACGUCAAAGUCAAGGGAGGGGAAGCAUGAGGAAGAUGGACCAGUUUUGUCAUUCUAAAAACAUGGCCUAUGGAUCUCUGUCAUUCGGGGAUGUGGCCAUCAGCUUCUCCCAAGAGGAGUGGGAGUAUCUGAACCCUGCUCAGAAGGCCUUGUACAGGGACGUGAUGUUGGAGACCUACAGCAACCUGGUCUCCCUGGCAGAAAGUUCCAUUUCUAAGCCAGAUAUGAUUACCUUACUGGAGCAGGAGAAAGAACCUUGGAUGGUUUUGAGGAGAGAAACAAGUGGAUGGUACCCAGAUUUGGAGUCAAAUUAUGGAGCUGAGAAGUUACCUUCAGAAAAUUAUAUUUAUGAAAUAAAUUUGCCUAAACUGGGUAUAAAACAAAUAAGUAAAACUCUUGGCCUCAAGGCCUCCAAUUUUAGAAAUGACUCAGAUAGCAAAAAUAGAUUUAGGGAACAACAGGGGCAUCAAGAGGGGUAUAUCAGUCAAAAUAUAAUAAGCUAUGAAAAAAUGCCUACUUCUACUCAUAGUACUUCUCCUAUUCACACUACAGAUAAGCCAUAUGAAUGUAAGGAGUGUGGAAAGUACUUUAGUCGUGGUUCAAAUCUUAUUCAGCAUCAGAGUAUCCAUACUGGAGAGAAACCCUAUGAAUGUAAGGAAUGUGGGAAGGCCUUUAGACUUCUUGUCCAACUUACUCGACAUCAGAAAUUUCAUACUGGUGAGAAACCCUUUAAAUGUAAGGAAUGUGGGAAAGCUUUUAGUCUUCCCACCCAGCUGACUUGCCAUGAGAAUAUUCAUACAGGUGAGAGGCCAUUUGAGUGUAAGGAAUGUGGGAAGUCCUUUAAUCGUGUGUCAAACCUUGUUCAACAUCAGAGUAUUCAUACAGGUGCAAAACCAUAUGGAUGUAAAGAGUGUGGGAAAGGCUUUAAUCGUGGUUCAAAUCUUGUUCAGCAUCAGAAAAUUCAUUCUAGUGAGAAACCCUUUUUAUGUAAGGAGUGUGGGAAGGCCUUUAAAUACCAUUACCAACUUACUGAACAUUGUCGGAUUCAUACUGGUGAGAAACCCUUCGAAUGUAAAGAAUGUGGGAAGGCCUUCAGUCUUCUGAUUGAGCUUGCACGACAUCAGAACACUCAUAGUGGUGAGAAACCAUUUAAAUGUAAGGAAUGUGGCAAGGCCUUCAGUCGUGGCUCAAAUCUCAUUCAACAUCAGAGUAUUCAUACUGGUGAGAAACCAUAUGGGUGUAAGGAAUGUGGAAAGGUUUUUCGACUUCACCUUCAGCUUUCUCGACAUCAGAAAACUCAUACUGGUGAGAAACCCUUUGAAUGUAAGGAAUGUGGGACAACCUUCCAGUAUCAGUACCAGCUUAGUGAGCAUCAGCGAAUUCAUACAGGUGUGAAACCGUAUGAAUGUAAGGAAUGUGGGAAAUUGUUUCGUCGUGGUUCAAACCUUAUUCAACACCGGAGUGUUCAUACUGGAAAGAAACCUUUUGAAUGUGAAGAAUGUGGGAAGGCCUUUAGACUCCAUAUACAACUCAUUCGACAUCAGAAAUUUCAUACUGGUGAGAAGCCCUUUGAAUGUAAGAAAUGUGGAAAAGCCUUUAGUCUUCUCACUCAGCUUAAUCGCCAUGAAAGUAUUCAUACAGGUGAGAAGCCAUUUGAGUGUAAGGAAUGUGGGAAGUCCUUUAAUCGUGUGUCAAACCUUGUUCAACAUCAGAGUAUUCAUGCUGGCAUGAAACCAUAUGAAUGUAAAGAGUGUGGAAAAGGCUUUAAUCGUGGUUCAAAUCUUAUUCAGCAUCAGAAAAUUCAUUCUAGUGAGAAACCCUUUGAAUGUAAGGAAUGUGGGAAGGCCUUUAGGUAUCAUUACCGACUUAUUGAACAUCAUAGAAUGCAUACUGGUGAGAAACCCUUUGAAUGUAAGGAAUGUGGGAAGGCCUUUAGUCUUCUGACACAGCUUACUCGACAUCAGAACAUUCAUACUGGUGAGAAACCAUUUAAAUGUAAGGAAUGUGGUAAGGCCUUUAAUCGUGGCUCAAAUCUUGUUCAACAUCAGAGUAUUCAUACCGGGGAGAAACCCUAUGGAUGUAAAGAAUGUGGAAAGGCUUUUAGACUUCACCUACAACUUUCUCGACAUCAGAAAACACAUACUGGUGAGAAACCCUUUGAAUGUAAGGAAUGUGGGACAAGCUUCAGACAUCAAUACCAACUUAUUGAGCAUCAGCGAAUUCAUACAGGUGUGAAACCCUAUGAAUGUAAGGAAUGUGGAAAGAGCUUUAGUCGUGGUACAGACCUUAGAGUACAUCAGAGAAUUCACACUGGUGAGAAACCCUUUGAAUGUAAGGAAUGUGGGAAGGCCUUUCAACAUCAUUACCAAUUUCUUGGACAUUACAGAAUUCAUACUGGUGAGAACCCCUAUGAAUGUAAGGAAUGUGGGAAAUGUUUUACUUGUGGUAGUGAACUUAGAGUACAUCAGAGGAUCCAUACUGGUCAGAAGCCAUAUGAAUGUAAGGAGUGUGGGAAGGCAUUUAGUCGUAGCUCAAACCUUAUUCAACAUGUUAAAAUUCAUACUGGCGAGAAGCCCUAUGAAUGUAAGGAAUGUGAAAAGGCCUUUAGCAAUAAUUACGAACUUACUGUACAUCAGAGAAUUCAUACUGGUGAGAAACCUUAUGAAUGUAAGGAAUGUGGGAAAACUUUCAGACUUAGUUCAGUCUUUACUGCCCAUCAGAGAAUUCAUACAGGUAUGAAACCCUAUGAAUGUAAAGAGUGUGGAAAGACCUUUAGUUGUAGCUCGAACCUUAUUCAACAUGAGAGGAUUCAUACUGGUGAGAAACCUUAUGAAUGUAAGGAAUGUGGAAAGGCCUUUAGACUUAGGUCAGUUUUUAUUACCCAUCAAAGAAUUCAUACAGGUCUGAAGCCCUAUGAAUGCAAAGAAUGUGGAAAAGCCUUUGCUGUGAAUGGUCAGCUUACUCGACAUCAGAAAAUUCAUAAUCGUCAGAUGUCCCAUGAAUAUAAGGAAUGUGGGAAAACCUUCACUGGAUACGAACAACUUACUCAACAUCAGAGAGUUCAUAGUGGCAAGAAGUCCUAUGAAUAUAAAAUGUGGGACGACCUUUCAUCAUGGACUGAGAUUCACUCAACAGCACAGUAUUCCUACUGGUGAAAAACUUUGAGUAGGAGUAGCGUGGAAAGAUUUUACAGUCAAAGCAAACACCUUAGUGUUGAGAGGACCUUCUGGUGAGAAAGUCUUUGAAUGUAAAGAAAUACAGAGUAGCCUUCAUGUUCACAGUUUACUAAUCAUGAAAGAAUUUUCCUAGGUAUUUUAGUUUCACGCGCUUAGAAAAGCCUUCAAACUCAAACUGGAGGAGAACUUGUUGGAACAAACGUAAGCUAACAUCUACCUGAGGCAGGUGCUUUAUCACCACUGCCAUUUCACUACCUGCAUGACAUUAGGUGCCUAUCCUCUUUGUGCAUCAUUUGUAAAUGGUAACAAUGCUGAGUGCAUACUAGUGCAAUUACGGAAAUAAUUGUGUUGCAAUCGUACAAAAUCCUUACAAGAGUACUUGGCACAUGCUUGUGUUCAUAAAGAACAGCUUUUAUGUUUCAUUAGCAUCAUUGUUAAUGACACGAAAAUUAUAUUAUGGUGUAUAAUUUAGAAAAAUCUCAUCUAUUCCUUAAUUAUUAAGUUUUAAAUAAGUACUGUAUAAAAUUUUAUGGUAAGUAAAAGAAUAUGAGGAUUUUCAUUAAGAGUUCAUUCCUUAAGUUACAUCAAAAAGUUAAUAUUGAAAAAAAAGUUAAUUUUGAAAAGAAACCCUAUGGAUUUAGAGAAUGAGGAGAUGUUAAAAAACCAGCUGUUGAAGAGUCAGUUUUUGAAGUGAUUUGUCUAU